GUAAACAGAGUCGCACAGAAUCUUCUUGUUCCUCAUCACCCCGAUUACCUACUUAGCUAAUCGUCUUCAAACGUACGUGGUCAACUAUGUCUCAACGAUUGACGUUGUCGACCAACCUAGUUACACGCGUUAUCUUGAUAGAACUAUUGACGUCAUUCACCUGUCAUGCCUUGGUGACAGGUGAACCGAUAAUGUCGGCUUCACUGCCCUCAUCCAGUCAAGAGACGUCCCACUUGUUGGUACAAACGAGUCAAGAUUUUAGCAGGACUUGCACCGUUUCCAUGGGCAGAGGACUGAAUAUCACUUGCACUUUACCCAGCAGUGGUAGUAGCACAGGAUCUGAAACGACGACACAAAGACAUAAUGAAGCUUCUCUUUAUUUACGCAAAUUGAGCAAUAUAAAGGAUCGGCUCACAAUGACGUACCAUUCAGAUCCAAUUCGUCAAGAAAUUACAUCCACCAUGAUUAUCCGAAAUGCUAGUUAUCUUGAUACGGGAUAUUAUGGCUGUCGGCUCAACAAUUCCAACAGCAAAUUUAAUGAAACUUACGUCUUUGUUUACCCCUUGCACGUUACGAGCUUAGAAUCGUCUGACAGCAAACCAGCUGAUGUAAUCGAUACCAAUGAUUUGCUGCUUCCAACGUUGGAUGUUUACGUCCUUGAGGAAAAUAAAGCAGUCGAUCAAAUCAUACCGUUCAAGCCGACACAUCCUGACGUCAAACUUUACUUGUCUAAAAAAAUUGAAAAUCACUGGAUUGAGAUUUUCUCCUCUGAGUAUUCGUUAAUAACCGGUAGUGGCAAUUGGUUUUGGGACAAAUACCGAGGCCUCAUCAUUUCCCAAGUGAACGCCAAUCAAACCACAGGAGUGUAUUGGUGUGAUGCCAUUCUAGGCGGGAAAAAGACUACUCGCUAUUUUCGCAUUUUUGUAACCUCUGACGAUGAAGACGACAGUGGCAGGCCGAACAAAAGUGUAGUUCCCCGUAUUAAGAAUGCAGUCGAAUACCUGAUUUUUCCAUCUGGGAGCUCAUUUCAAUUGAAAUGUCAAAUCGCGAUCGACGAGUCACAGAAUUACAACCUCACGUGGUCGGUGCCCAACAAGCCAACAAAACAUUUAAACUAUUCCGUCACUUGGGAAACAGUUGGAAAUCUUCGAUCUGCUAUUCUCAAGGCAUCAGACAUUCGAUUUCUCGAUACGGGAAACUAUACUUGUCAUCGAAGUGAUGCCCUGCAUUUGGUGGCCAGCCAAUAUAUCUUCGUUUCUGAUGGAGAUAAUUUAUUGUUGCCGAUCGAACGAUCCUACGUGUUCAACGAGACACAGAAGGUGGUGCUUCCAUGCCGUCCCACGCAUCCCGACGUGGUCGUCUCGCUGCAAAUAGAAGGGAUAACGAGUCGUGGUAUCGAGAAUAUUACACUUUAUCCCAUGGCUGACGACAGGGGGAAAAGUGGGGAUUGGCUUUACAGCAAAUUCCAAGGCUUUCGAACAAAAAAGAAUGCAACCAGAGCCAAUGCCGGGAGAAAAUACUUGUGCAAGGGUACCAGACUUGGUCAGAAAAAUCAUCUUUUCAUAGAUGUAACCGUAGCAGAUAUCAGGCUGACAGUUAGCGAUUUGGGAGCGAUAGUUGAGGGUGACGAUGUCACAAUCAAAUGUGAGACCUAUUACGGCCAUUCCGUGAUCACUUGGCAUCCUCCUUCGGGGCCGAGCGUAGCGAUUGAAACUGGAUCGCUACAACAUCCAGCCGGAAUCUCUCGCGUUAUUCAGACGCCCAAUAGGGACAUAAGAAAAGCACAGGAUUUGUGCAUUACCGAAGUGAGGUGGAGAAAUAUUAGUAAAUCGGCAACAGGCAUGUACGAAUGUCGCUAUCGGGACAAUCUGAGGCACAGCGUAGCCGUUCGAUAUUAUUCCAUGGAGGUACGAGACGCCAAGGUUCCACAGUUAGCAAAAAAAUUCGAUCGGAAGAAAAAAUAUCUUACGGUCAAAACCCAAGAGAGAGAGAACACACAACUCGCAUGUCACUUGGUGGAGGGCGCGCCUACACCUACAGUGUCUUGGUUGAAAGAUGGUGUUAUCGUCGAUAAGGAUCGGGUAAUCAAGGAUUUGAUAAUCAACGAAACGACUAUAAAUGGCACAUUGUAUUCAUACCUCCACCUGAUGGAUAUGGCAGAGACUAGCAAGGGCGAAUAUACGUGCCUUUUCGAAAAUCGUCUAGGAAGCGAUAAUCAAACUUUUCGUCUUGAAGUGGCCUUAGACGACGACUACUAUAUAGCAACAAUUACCAUCACUGUAGUUCUUAUCGUAAUUGCUGUCGUCCUCUUGUUGGCGGCCCGGAUUUUUUACGUCCGCUUGACGAAUGCCAGGAAUGCGACCGAUAUUGCUAAAAUGCUGGAACCUUUGUUAGCUGGCAAUCCCCAAAGGAUCAACCGUAAACUGCCGUUAGACGGCCAAUCGGAAUUACUGCCUUACGAUAAAAGAUGGGAAUUUCCUCGCGAUCGUCUCAAACUCGGCAAGCAAUUGGGUGCCGGUUGCUUCGGAAGAGUUUUACAAGCCGAAGCCAAAGGAAUAGUUCCUGGUGAAGAAUCGAAAACUGAAACUGUGGCCGUCAAAAUGGUACGAUCCUACGCUGAUUUAGGUGCGCUGGCCAGUCUCGUGUCUGAACUCAAAAUUCUUAUUCAUCUUGGAUCCCAUCUAAAUAUUGUCAAUUUACUGGGAGCUUGCACGGACAUUUCGGCUGGGGAUUUCCUCGUCAUCGUCGAGUACUGCCGUUUCGGCAACCUUCUUAAUCAUCUGUUGGCUAAUCGCCACUGUUAUGUCGAUCAAGUUGACGUGAACGGCGACCUUUUACCAAUCGAUGUGCCUCAACAAAAUCAAAGCAAUUGUGGUGAGGCUGACUAUCUCUACAUGGGUGCUCCUGCUGCUUCUGCUCCGGCAUUUGUUCCUGUUCCAGUAAAGCCGGAACGCAAAAGUCGCCGCGAAAACCACACCGACUAUCUCGUAAUGAUUUUAAACAAUCGUGGAUCUGUGUCGUUCAAUCGGUCGCCACCGGUCGAGCAAGAGGAAGAGGUUGAUACUGUAAACAAUCAGCCUUUUUCGACUCGUGAUUUGAUCUGCUGGUCGUUCCAGAUUGCUCGAGGAAUGGACUAUCUUUCCGGAAGAAACGUGGUUCAUGGAGAUUUGGCAACCCGUAAUAUCUUACUGGCAAAUGAUGGCGUUGUCAAAAUAGCUGAUUUUGGACUAUCCCGGAAAAUUUAUCAGGACAGCAAUUACAAAAAGAAGGGAGAUGCAAUGCUGCCAGUCAAAUGGAUGGCACUUGAAUCCCUGGUGGAUCGUAUCUUUUCUAGCCAAUCGGACGUUUGGGCAUUUGGAAUCACCAUGUGGGAGAUGUUUUCCUUAGGAAAAGUUCCUUAUCCAGACAUGGAAGACAUCGGGUCUUUAAUUCAGCACUUGGAAAAUGGGGGUCGCAUGGAAAUACCGCGACAGAGUCCAAACACCGUGGCGCAAAUCAUUUCUCGGUGCUGGAAGGCCGAUCCCACCGUGAGGCCCACAUUCGGCCAACUAGAGCUAAUGUUAGGCGACUGGGUGGAGGCCGCUGUCAGGAGCAAAUAUACGGACAUGAACGAACCGUAUAGUCGCCGCAAUGCCGAGCGGUUUGGGAGCCUUGUUGAUGAUAUCUCGUGCGAGGAAGUCGCAAGCAACCAACAGCAAACCGUUGGCUACGUCAACGUCCAAGAGCUUUAAUCCCGCUUAACUAUUAUUAUUAUUUUUAUGUUUUACGGACCUGAUAUCCUUGACGUGAACUUGAGCUUCUUUUCUACUUUAAAAUAUCCAGAUGUGUAUCUGGCUGCAAACACGAAACACGUAGAUUAACCAUAGCCACUAAUCGAGGGGAGGGGGGGCUUGAGAACCAAAAGCCACGCGAAAUCAAUUUCGUUGCAAUAGACGCAUAACCACCUUUUUUUUCAAAAACCAGAACGACAAACUGAUCUAACAAAAAGGACGUUCGGUGUAUUGCGCCUCCAUAUUACCAGCCUCUUUAAUUCUCUUUCUAUAACCACCUGAUCUGAAAAAUUCAUCUGUCUUCAACAAUAUCCUCCUUAAAGAUUACCGAUAAUAACGUGCGACAAUAUUCGGUUUCUUCCUGUAAAAUGAAUGAAAAAAAAAAAAUUACAAAAUCUACCCAAACAA